AUGCCUUUUAUUUCUCCAGAACAACCACCAAGUAAAAACUUUUUAAAAAGAUCGUGGGAUGAAAUUGAAGAUUCACAAGAUGAACAAAUUACUCCUAGACCACCUCUAAAAGAACUUCCACAAAAUGAAGUUGCAAUCAAUACAACUAAACAAGAACCAUAUUAUAAGAAUGAAAUAUACUAUGGAUAUUUUUUGAAUUCUACCAAAUGGAAUCUUCUAAAUUUUUUAAAACACUUGGAAAAUAUGGGAGCAUUAACAAACCGACACCAUGAUCACCGUUUAUAUCGUACAUUACUUCAACAAAUUGAUUUUGAUCCUGAACAAUCUGAGGUGUGGCAACAAAGAGCAAAAUUUUGCAACAGUGAGGAGGUUUUCAAAAAGCAGAUAACCCGAGCUGUAGAUAAUUUUUGGAACCGAAUCGAAGCAGAACAAAAUUCAAUAACACAAUUUGAACAAGAGGUAGAAGAAUUUUCAAAAUUAAGAGAAAGCACACAAGACGAAUUCUUAGGAAAUUUUGAAUGCGCAGUUAAAGAAUCACAACAAGAAAUAGGCAAUAAGCGCAAGUUUAAUAAUUUACUUAAACGAAGAAUUUUGUUGAUAAAUAGCAACAGUGAUAUAAACUUUAUUACUUCUGAGCAUAUCAACGAAGAAUUUUUAAUCGGUAUCCCAACUAUUCAAGAUAUACCGCUAAUACAAACUUUAUUAUCCAAGUUAAAUGAAAUGAUUUUUACUAAAAAGUAUUGUUAUAAUUAUCAUAGCACGGGAUUGUUUGGUGCACGAUAUUCUGAACCAAGAACGGAAGCUGAUAUACAAGCAUUAUAUGUCAUUCCAUUGCUUAAAGUUAUAAGAAGAUUUAAUAUACAACUUACAAUCGGUGAACAUAAAAGCAAGGCUGUAGAAUAUAGACAAAGCAUUAAUUCCUCAGAAUCUUGGCCAAAAGCAAUAAAAAUGGAUGCAAGCGGAGAGAUUGAUGGAUUUGAAAUCUUUUCUCAUGAAAAUGCCUCAUUUCAUAAAGACUUAACCAAAAAAACUAGAGUGGACCUUGAAAAAUUAUCUGUUUACAUGCGCGAUGAUCCUUUUAUUUACUGGAAAGAUAAAUACGAUGAACUUAGAAGUCAGUUUGUAGAAAUUAAGGAUCAUAUGACAAGUUUACGUAGCUGGGGAAUGCUAACGAUGGGACCAAGAGCAGGUCGCUCUGGAUUACAUUGUGAAAUAUAUGCCAUGCGGCAAAUAUCUCCGGGUUAUUUUACCUGGGUGUUAGUAGACUGGUUCUUAUUUCCACAUAAAAAUAUGGAUCCCUCAUUUCAACCCUUUUCUAAAUGUAUAGAAGUAAUGUUACGGUUGGCAUUCGGAUUAAAAGAAACACAAAGGAUGAUGCAUGAAUUAGAUAAUCAUUGUACAAAAAUUAGAUUAGGAAAAAAGAUAGCGUAUAUUUAA